GGUCACGCAUGACGCAUUUCUUUAAUGGUAUAUAGGUGGCGCGUUAUGUUUUAAACCGCUCCCUUCUGUUAUUUGCUGUGGGCUUCAUUUUGCACGAUUGUACUAAUUUGAGUAUCAGCCCCUAAAGUUGUUCUGACAUUUAUCAGUUAGGAACCACAAUCCAUCAUAAUUGAAGCAGGCUUUUCACUGUGACGAAAGUGAAGAUGACAGACCCUGCAGCUGAAGAUGCUAAGCGUAUUAAAACUAUGAAAUUAUAUUCACAUGUUGACAGAGUUUAUAAUGAGCUUAAAGAGCUUGGAUAUGGUUUAACAGACCAACUGAAAGUUGAAGACCUGAGUAGAGUAGAUCAGUACCACUAUUUUGGCACUCAGGCAGUACAGGAGGCUAUAGAUGACCUCAAGAUAAACUCUUCAUUCCGCAUUUUGGACAUAGGUUCUGGCAUAGGAGGCCCAGCCAGGUAUAUUGCUCAGAAGACAGGAUGCCACAUCACAGCUGUAGAACUACAAGAAGAUCUUAAUACAGUGGCUACAGACUUGACCAAGAGGUGCAACCUGCAGGACAAUAUAACUCAUGUCUGUGGAGAUUUUCUACAAGCAGAUUAUGGGUCCGAAAGCUUUGACCUGAUUGUGAGCUGGCUAACUUACUUACACAUUCCAGACAAAGAAAAAUUAUUUGAAAAUUGCUGGUAUCACCUGAAAAAAGGAGGGAAGAUGUUUGCUGCCGACUUUUUUGAGUCCCAACCUUUUGAUUCAGCAGAAAUAGAAAAACUGUCUUCAGCUGUCUAUGCUUCUGAUAUACCGUCCAAGGAAAGAUACAUCAGUCUCUUGGAAAGUGCUGGAUUCAAACACAUAAAAUUUGUUGAUGAGACAGAAAAAUGGACAGAUUUUGUGAAAAGUCGACAUGAAGAGUAUGUGGCAAACAAAACACGUCAUGUGAGGGUCCAUAAUGAGGAGGUCUACGCUGAACAAGAGUAUUUUUUCUGUGUUGUUCGCAAAUUGUUUGGUGGAGGUCACUUGGGAGGAUGCAAUGUUACUGCAGAUAAAGUGUAGGGCAGUUUACUCUAUUUUUUUUUAAUUUUUUAAUAAUAGAUUUAUAUAUAUAUAUCUUAUUGUACUUAUGCUAAAGAGGGGUAGGGAAUUUUAAACUUUAAAGCUUAAAUAUUUCAAAAUUUCUACUUAUACAUGAAUGUUAUUUCUAGCCUGUAGAAAAAAUUGCACCCUGUGAAACUUUUUUCAAUAUUACUUAUAAAAAGGCAGCAAUUGAAAUAUUUCAUGUGAAUUUGAAUCAUGUAUAUUGCAAAUAUUUUGAAUGCCAGUUCUUUAUAUUUUUGAAACAUAGAUACAAUAAAUUUAGAGAUUUUCCCUUUAAAUGGAAAAAUAUGAAAUAUGAAAAGCAUAACCAUUGGCAUGAAUUUUGAUAGCAUACUUUUCUUUUCAUGCACAAUGUCUAAUUCACCUUAUUCACUCACUAAAAUACUGUACACAAAUGCAGUUUCCAGAUUAAAGGAAACAUUUUGUCUACCUCACACUACCAUACUUAUAGCCUUGGUGUGUGAACUUUAAUUUUAUUAUUGUUUAACUAAUGGAGUUUUAAAUGUGACAUAAUUAAUGGUAAUCAUUUCCAAAAGACCCCUUAUGUUGAUGCGGAAUUAAUCUGAUACAGAUACUCCACAAGGAAAUCUUAGCAGUCAUUUUAUGUGCUAUUUUUCUGUUCAGUUUGUUAAAUGUUUUUAUAGCAUUUUGAAGGGCACCUACUUACCAAAACAUUGUCCUAGUAACAUCUUUGCUUUUUAAAAGAACUAUGAUAUUCCAAUAUUUGUGAUAAAGAACUUGCUCAAAAUUGUCAUUAGCACUUUUUGUUAAUAUAAUUUGAAGACUCAUUAGCACAAAGGUAUUUACAAACAGGUUAUUUUGUUUUAACAAAAUUAUUUUGUUAAAACCUUUAAAAAAUGGACAAUACAAAGCCACUGCUUAUAGCUGCAGUGUAAUAAUCAAUUGAUUAUUAAUUUCUACAGUAUCAAAGAAAUUAAGUAAUGCGUAAUACUCUUUUCUUAUAUGUGUGACAACCUUGUAUGAUUUUACAUGAAUUUGAUCAAUUACAAUAAUCUUUCCAUCAUUAGCAGAAGUCUGUCAUCUGAAAAUAUGAGAAUAAAUCCAAAAAAUAUCAAAUACUUGUGGAAAUACCAGAUUUGUUUCUGUAAAUAUGUAUUCCUGUGACACUGAGUUUUACAGUGUGCUCUGUUUUUCUGUUAUUGCUAGUGUUACUAUAACAUAUUAUCAACUUUUGUAGUACUUCAAGUUACAUUCUAUAUAUUUUCUCUUAAAAAAAAAAAAGGAACACACACCAGAUGAUCUACGUGUACACAAAAACAAAUGGCACAAAAGAUUUUUUUAUGAUUUGGGAUGUCUUAAAACUGGUAGAAAAAAUGGUUUAAAAUGAAAAUAAAAUGAUAUCACAACUUGAUUAAAAUCUUUUCAAAGAGUAUACC